UGGAUUGUCAAUCGUUCCUCUGCUCCACUCUUGGUGGUCGUGAUAGAACAUGGCAGUACAUAUGGCUAGUAGUUGUAUCAAUCAUAAUGAUAGACUGUAAAAAACAAACUGAUUGGAUAAGCAGAUUGUCUGGCAAGCUCGUGUAUGUACACUGUCGCGUAUGCUGUUGAGUCUGCGCUGAAGGAAAGAGGAGGGCCUUGAAGACAGUGUUUUUAUUUAUUUCUUUGUUACCAGUGGGGAAAAAAACAAUAACAACGACAGCUACAUUAACAGCUAUUUGAAAUCCUUCCUUCGUAGCUCUACUCAACCAAGACAGAAAACUGGAAAAUAUAACAGUAAGAAUUAAAAAGCCAAAGCGAAGGAGGGGAGGAUGAAGCGGCGCAAUGCGGACUGCAGCAAACUCCGACGGCCUUUAAAACGGAACCGAAUCACUGAGGGUAUAUACGGCAGUACGUUCCUGUACCUGAAGUUCCUGGUGGUGUGGGGUCUGGUGUUGCUUGCAGACUUUGUGCUGGACUUCAGGUUUGAGUACCUGUGGCCCUUUUGGCUCUUCAUCCGGAGCGUGUAUGACUCAUUCCGCUACCAGGGGCUGGCGUUUUCAGUGUUCUUUGUGUGUGUGGCGUUUACAUCAGAUAUCAUCUGCCUGCUCUUCAUCCCAGUGCAGUGGCUCUUCUUCGCAGCCAGCACCUACGUCUGGGUGCAGUACGUGUGGCACACAGAAAGAGGAGUAUGUCUCCCAACAGUAUCACUAUGGAUACUCUUUGUAUAUAUAGAGGCAGCUAUCAGAUUCAAAGAUCUGAAAAACUUUCAUGUGGACCUGUGCCGUCCAUUUGCAGCACACUGUAUUGGCUAUCCAGUGGUGACGCUGGGAUUUGGCUUCAAGAGCUAUGUGAGCUACAAAAUGCGUGUGCGCAAGCAGAAAGAGGUGCAGAAGGAGAAUGAGUUCUACAUGCAGCUACUACAGCAGGCACUGCCCCCCGAGCAGCAGCUGCUCCAGAGGCAGGAGAGGGAGGCAGAGGAAGCUGCAGCAGCCAAAGGGAUGUCCGAGGACUCCCAGCCGCCCGUGUCCCAGAACGGAGGGCCCGCCGUGGGCAAGAAGCCGUCCUCGGGGCCCCUGCCCGAGCUGGAGUACCGGGAGAAGGGUCGCAAGGGUCAUGGGACAGGUGCCCAGCAGGGCGGCGACAGCAAGGAGCAGGAGUACAUGGAGACACAGCCCAACGGCAGCAGCAAGAGACUGAGCCACAGCGACAGCACAGAGAACCUGCUGCUUAAAGAGGAGAACUCCUCCUCGUCCUGCUGCUCCUCCUCCUCCUCCUCCUCCUCCUCCAACAACAACUGUAACGCCAAGAACCAGAAGAACGCCAGCGCGGGAAACUCGUCGCCCCGCGGCCACGGCACGGCCAACGGGAGCGUGCCCUCCACGGCACCGCAGCCCGCCUCGGGGGGCAAGGGCGACAAGAAGCAGAAGAGCGGCGGGGGCAAAGGCGCCUCGGCGUGUCACGGCAAAGACACACUAGACAACUGCAUCCCCAACAACCAGCUCAGCAAACCAGAGGCACUGCUGAGGCUGGAGCAGGAUGUGAAGCGUCUGAAGGCGGAGCUGCAGGCCAGCCGUCAGGUGGAGCAGGACCUGCGCAGCCAGCUGGGCUCCCUGGGCAGCGCCGAGAGGAGCGUGCGCUCCGAGCUCGGACAGCUGCGGCAGGAGAACGAGCUCCUGCAGAACAAGCUGCAUAGUGCGGUGCAGGGGAAGCAGAAGGAGCGCCAGGCUCUGGGCUCGAUGGAGCGGAGGCUGAAGGCAGAGCAGGAGGCGCGAGCAGCUGUGGAGAAACAGCUGGCCGACGAGAGGAAGCGCAAGAAGCUGGAGGAGGCCACGGCCGCCCGCGCCGUCGCUCUCGCUGCCGCCUCACGAGGGGAGUGUACAGACUCCUUGCGGAGGCGAAUCUCGGAGCUGGAGGCGGAGUGUAAGAAGCUCAGCAAAGAUCUGAAACAGAAAGAGGAGCAGAUCCACGAGCUGGAGCUCACAGUGCAGGAGCUGCACAAGUAUAAAGAGAAUGAAAAAGACACGGAGGUGCUGAUGUCUGCGCUGUCAGCUAUGCAGGAGAAGACCCAGCACCUGGAGAACAGCCUCAGCGCCGAGACGCGCAUCAAGCUGGACCUCUUCUCUGCCCUGGGGGACGCCAAGAGGCAGCUGGAGAUCGCACAAGGUCAGAUCCUGCAGAAGGAGCAGGAGAUCGCCGACCUGAAGCAGAAGAUCGCCGAGGUGAUGGCGGUCAUGCCCAGCCUGGCCUACUCUUCAGACACCAGCGGCAUGAGUCCCGUGGCGCCACACUACUCUUCCAAGUUCAUGGACACCACCUCCGGCCUGGACCCCAACGCCUCCGUCUACCAGCCCCUCAAGAAGUGACCUCCCUCCUUCUCACCGUCCCUCUCCUACUUUUUCUUUCUUUCUCUCUCUCUCUCUCUCUCUCUCUCACUCUCUCUCUGUGCCCCUCUUUCCUUCUUUCUCCAUCCAUCAUGGAGGACAAAGAGGGGCCCCAAACCAGAGGAACUCUGCAUGUCUGCGGCUUAGAAUGUUCUUUCUCUCUCUUUUAUUCCCCCCUUCUCAUUUCUUUCUCUUUUGUUUUCCUCUUCCUCCGUGGCUCUUCCCCUCUUUCCCCCACUCUGGCCGGCGCAGCAGAAGGAUGUCGUGUUGUGUGACUGUAUUUGUUGUAGUAAAAACUCAAAAGACAAAAAAAGAGACUUCAAGAGAUGGUCAACUAGGAAGUUGUUUUUUUUUCUCUCGUUAAAGUCUGGAAACCUCACAGAAACGACGUUCCAUCUCUCAUUUAAGCAUAAGGAAAGGAACCCCCGCCCAAAAAGCCUUUUCUUGUCAUUCUGUUUCUGCUCAGCUUGGCUCAACCCAUUUUUCUGGAGUUUAACUGUAGAUUGAGUAGGAUUACGUUGGGGUGUUGUUGUCCAUCUCCUACUCAUAUUCUACCUAAAUGCUGCAGAAAACAGUCACCUGCAAAACAAACAAAAAAGUCACCACCGGUGGCAAUAAAGGAAUGUAAUAAAUUGUGGACUAACUCUGUGGUAGAAGUUCAUGUCUUCUUUGAAUCCCAGGAACAGGAGGAUUCCCUCAUCCCCCAGCAUCCCCUGCCCUGAUGAAGAGGUUUUGGUCACGUGAUGUCAAUUGUCUGGUCUCCAGUUGAUUUGGAGCUCAAAUGGAAAUCCUCCUAGAUAAAAAAGAAAUCCAGCAAAGGAGAACUUUUCUUUUGAGAGAGCAUAAAUGUAAGCCUGUCCGAUCCCUUAAACCCCUGAAUCCCUUUUUUUUUGUAAGCUUCGCUACUUGUGUUCAGGUCACACAUCCAUCAAAUGAAAGCUGAUCCGUGCCUUGAGACAGCAGCUCGUUGGUGGACUCUACAGACACCCUUGUCCACCAGGGUCAGCGGGGCUCUGUCUCUUGAGAUCAGACUGAACACAUGUGAGAGAGCUACUUCUGCUCAGUCAAUAGGGAGCUGGAUGAGGACUGGUUACGGUGAGGCCUAGCUGAUGCCUUUGGUGGGUCGUUUGCAGAACUAGAGCACUCUCUGGAAGUUUUUAUUGAGUGUUGUACAGGUCAGGGCAAAGUGACCUGCACAAGGCCUUCAGGCUGGGUUCAUCAGAGUCCUUGUGCGCUUCAACUGGUUGUCAUUGGCCUCUUUGUAAAAGUCUUGCAGUCAUGUGUCCAAUCAGGAGAUAGAACAGCCCUGGCCUUGGUGAAUACUAUGCCCCCUGGCAAUGUCGCUCCUCAAUAGCGAACCCUAGAAAUCAAAUCACGUGAAACGGUCUGCUUCCACAGCAGCACUACUGGUCAGGUCUGCCGAGUGGUUUACUUUAUUGAAAGUGAUGUCUGUGUUAUAAUGAGUUUAGAACAUAUGAGAAAGGAAGGAAUUGCCCACAUUAUUCAGUCCUGUUGACUAUUCUGUUCUGUUUUCAUAUGGCAGUGUUAGACACAAUACCUGACCACAGUGCUGAUCGUCUUGACCUGAGGCCUGUUUUGGUUUCCAUGGGGGUCUAGCUCAUGUUUUAACUUCCUCCCCUGGCAGCAAAAGGUUCAUUCGGAUGUCUCCUGUUGGCAGUGUUCUGUUCUGGUGGAGCCGUGACGGUGCAUCAUUUGAUCCCAAUGAACGGUGGAGGAAUGUCACAGUAUUUUUAUUUUGCUCAAAAUAAAAAGUAUUAGAGAUACGUUGAGGCCAUGAAGUUUACCUGUUCUGUUUAAUGUUUAUGUCCCCUUAUGGAGGGCUUAGAUUGAUUGAUGGAUUUACGUGAUUUUGCUGUCAUUUCAUGUGGUUGGUUCUUCUCAGUGUUUACGUGGUAUGCUGGACAAACAGAUUUUCUUGUUUUAAAGUGCAGAUGACAAUGGCUCUUGUGUUUGAAAAAAAAAAAUGGGAAAAGGUCAGUCAGCUGAACGUUUCAUGGAAAAAGAUUUGUUUUUGUUUUUCCAAUUGCCCUUGGCCAUUUCUCUCUCUCUCUCCCCUCCAGUCUGGAUCUCCGUUGCGGUCUCUUUCUGUGAGGUUUUCAAGGGAUUAAAGGGUUUUCUUGCA